CGUUAUUCAGUUUAAAUACACUUAACACCAACGACUCAACACUUCGCCGGCAACAUGGCGCUGAGGCAAGAAAAGUAUGGCACAGCCAAACUCGACGAUCUCUGCGACAUUUUGCAUCCGGUUCAACGUUAUUUGCGCCUGAACUACUUAGAUUUUCGACGUGUUAAUGGACGUUUCGCAAUACCCAACUCCAAGCUAUUGAAUAUUUGUCUAAUUCUAGCUGUAUUCGACUGCAUUGGCAACUGCAUAAAAUGCGUCAAGGCCAUAAACGCCGGGGAGAUAACGAAGGCGCAAGAAAUCUUCGCCGUUUUCGGCAUGGGGUUCGUAAUGACGAUGCGUGGCUUGAUGUUGGCGCUAAAUCGCGUACAACUCUCGAACUUUUACAAUAAAAUCGAUUGCAUAUUUCCACGUAGCGCACAUCUGCAGCAACAUAUGGCAGUCGAGAAGGUGCAUAGUUAUAUAAAAAGACGUUUCUAUAUUAUGCAUACGCUCAUGACGGUUACUGUGGCCGCUUUCCUUACAACGCCGGGCGUGAAAUUUAUGGUAUUUCAUGAUUUCGAUUCAGACGAUAGUGUGGCCGAUGAAUAUCAUGUGAAUCCCUCAUGGCUGCCGUUUGGUUUGAAAGAUAAGGUGUCUACAUAUCCCUAUGUCUACAUAUACGAGUCGGUUUUGGCGGCCGCGGCGGUCAAUAUGAUUAUUACAUGGGAUGAAUUGUUUGUGGUUUUAAUUUCACAGUUAUGCAUGUAUUAUGAAUAUUUGGGUAGACUUUUGGAGGAAAUGAAUGUGCAAGACGCUUUGGAUCCCACAAAAUUAGAUGCAUUCUACGAGCAGUUGCACGAGUACAUAUAUAUGCAUCAAUAUCUCAAUAAGCUGGCCGUUGAAUUUAAUGACUUGUUUAAUUUUUCAAUAUUAUUCUCGGAUGCGGGCAUUGCUACAUCCAUCUGCUUCAAUAUAGUCUUAAUUACCGAUGCUACGGACUAUUUGCAAAUUGUCACAUAUACUUCACCAUUAUUCGUUGAGGUUUGGUUGAUCUAUGAUGCCGCCAAGUGGGGUACUAUGCUGGAGACAGUAACUGGCAGAAUAAAUGAAAUACUCUAUGAGCAGAAGUGGUACGAGAGCUCGGUACGUUUUGGCAAAUAUACAAUGAUGUGGAUGCAGAGCACAAAUGAACCGUUUAGACUAACGGCUUUUAAUAUGUUCUAUGUUAAUAUGAAGCAUUUUCAGGAUAUGAUGAUGUUGGCUUAUCAAAUGCUAACCUUUUUGAAGUCGAAGAGUUAAGCUGAUGGAUGGUUGGAUCAAUAAAAUACCUAUAAUAUUUUAAAUUUCAAAAUUUGUUUUUGCAAAAAUAUAUAAAAUAUUGCACUCACUAGAAAUAAAAUGUUUCAUAAAU